UUAAAGUAGCGCUAGUGACCACAGUGCUAGAGACGCGGUGUUGGCUAGAAACAACAACGUUCCGUUCUCGUGAAUGUGGAUGAGCAAGCUGCAGUGUAAGUGGCAUCACGAAAAGUCUGCGGAAAUGAAAGAAUGGCGACCGCCGUGUAUUUGGAACACUAUCUUGACAGCCUGGAGACACUGCCGUCAGAACUUCAGAGGAACUUCAAUUUGAUGCGGGAUCUUGACACGAGGGUGCAGGGACUUUCAAAGAACAUUGAAAAGUUGUCACAUGCAUAUAUGGCUAAUGCUAAGAAUUACACAGCAGCUGAAAGGGCAGAACAUUUGGAAAAUGUAAGAAAAAUGUUUGAAAAAGCCAAAGAAUAUGGUGACGACAAAGUUCAGUUGGCCAUGCAGACAUACGAAAUGGUGGAUAAACACAUCAGACGACUUGAUGCUGAUCUAGCCCGUUUUGAGGCAGAGCUCAAAGACAAGGUUCUGAACGUCCAGGGGAGUGACUCUGAAGGUGCUACAAAAAAACGUGGAAGAAAAACACAAGACAAAGCAGAGAAAAAAAAGAGUAAGCGUGGGCGCUCAAUGUCCUCGGAUGAUGAAGUCCCAAAGCCCUCGCGCAAGAAGCUCAAGGGUCAGGCCUCUCAGCCAACAGACGUUCCUCUGCUGCAGUCCAUCAGUAUAUCGCAUCCAUCUGAUGUGCUUGACAUGCCUGUGGACCCAAAUGAGCCUACCUAUUGCCUUUGCCAUCAGGUCUCCUAUGGCGAGAUGAUUGGGUGUGACAAUCCUGAUUGUCCAAUUGAGUGGUUCCACUUCACUUGUGUUGGACUCACAAGCAAGCCCAAGGGAAAGUGGUUCUGCCCAAAAUGUUCCAGUGAGCGAAAGAAGAAGUGAUUGCUGGCACAAGUGCUGCAGUGUCUUGAAGUUAUUGCUUAGUAGAGCACGUUGAUUUGCAUUGGGGACAACGUGUGUGGAUAGUGACUUAUGCAUGUGUACAUAUUUGUGCAAGUUUUUGUGCUAAAUACAAGGGGUACUCAAUAAGUUCCAAGCCCAAGCAAGAACUUUCUGAACAAGUGCAUGCUUUUAUUUAUUCAAUCCAGACUUCCCACUUGGAACGUUGCCCUUCAGACAUCGCUUUCCGAGCUCAUUCCUGACAAAAAAAUGCUUGUGCUAUGCCCAUAGAAGUUGUGCUCUUUGAAUUCACCAACUUUGUGAAAUCAUCGUCUUUAGAAGGUAGUCCUUCAGUUGUCUGAAAAAAGUCACUUGCGGCAAAAUUCAGCUAAUAGGCUCGAUAUUUCGUGGUAUUGAACAUGUGUUGCCAUGUAGAUUCUUCUGCAACCUAGGGCACUGUUAUGAAGAAACAAAAAUUGUCUUGCUCUGUGCAGCAUUUGGGCACAACAGGCACCUGUUGUCACACAUUUGGAUGGUAGGUAAUCAAUCGAAGAACACCAUCCUUGUCUCCUCAAAAAUGCUGCAGUGACUUUUCUAGACGCUAUCUUGAAUUUUAUGGGUAGAAAAAAAUUUUUGUACUUGCAGGUCAAGCUUUCUUGCUUGCUGGAGGCGUCCCGAUAGUAGAGCCAGUCUUCCUCUUUUCGCCAACUGCCUGUUAAACUGCUCUGGUCAGGGUUGAGCACUCUUCUUUGAUGCCAUUGGCACUCGAUGUUGCCAUUUAUUGGCUCCAUUUUUUUGAAACUUACAUGCUGCAAGCUACAGCAUUCAUUAUGGAUAACAAUUCCCCAGAACGUUCCACUCUUUUGGUCAUUUCAAGCAGCAUUUUGGACACUGAGUGCGAGCAGAUCUUUUGCAUGCACAGAUGUUUGUGCAUGAUUGAUUCUAAGAAUACAGUACCAACGUCAGGCUCUGUAGCAACAUGGGUAGCUGCCACCUGCCUGUUACUCAUAACAAUUAAUUUCCAGCAUAUCUUGAGUGACUACUUCAGCUGGGGACUGGCCAAUGGGACGUCUUCCAGAGACUUCUUGCUGUAGUUAAAAAAAAUGCCUUUUUAUCAUCAUGCAUGACAGUGAACAGCCCAUGCAGAAAGUGUUUGUGUGCUCAUGAAUAUACAGGGUGUCCCACGUAACUUGAGCCAAGCAUUCAAAAUAUGCCAAUGCCAUGUAGCUGGAUAUAACCAAGGUAAUGUUAUUUGCCAUUGCUUGGAGAUACUCAGAUUUUUAAAAAGUUCAGCCUAAUUAGACAGUCUUAAUUAAUUAACAAAUUAAGUAAAUUCUCAAAUAUUAUAAUUUGAUGAAAAGUGUUACGGAAAAAAUUGUAGAGCCACCUGAAAAACUCCCAAUACAGCUUUCUAUUGCUCAAUAUGUGCUACAUAAAAAUAUUUUUCCGAGCGUGAAAGAAAUCCACAAACACAUGCAAAAUUGCCGCACGAUUGGCCGCUCGGGGCACUUUGCAUGCAAUCGCGGGCUUCUUUCAUGCUCGGAAAAACACUUUUAUGUAGCACGUAUUGAGCAACAGAAAGCUGUAUCAGGAGUCUUUCGUGUUGCUCUACAAUUUUUUCAUUGAUGCUUUUCAUCUAAUUAUCAUAUUUGAGAAGCUGAUUAAUUACAUAAGGAUAAUUAUCUAAUUAGGUGUAAUUAAAAAAAGAAUAAUCUGAGUUUCCCCAAGUGAUGCAAACAACAUUACUUUGGUUCUGUCCAGCUACGUGGCAUUUGCAUAUUUUUAAUGUUUGGCUCAAGUUAUGUCGGACACCCUGUAUAUAUGCUAGCGCUGUGCUGUCCUUCAUGAGAAAUUUGGUCAUGGCAUGAUGAUUGAUGCUGUACCUUGACACAGCUUUAUUGCCAACUAGUUGCUCUCAGUGAGGUGUGACGUUGAAUAGGCUGAAAGAAGUGUAGUGCUGUACUAAUGUAAAAUUGCAGUACCUUCAGCUUGUUCUAACAUGCGUGGGCUAGAACAUAUUGAACACCUCUCAUAUUGCACAGCAGCAUUUGGGCUGCUAACUUUACUAGCCUGUCACUGAGUAAGUUAGCAUGUGGUGUGAUAAGAAGUAUGAAGAUCAUACCAGUGAAUGGUGUUUUUCUUUGAUUAGCAUAUAAAUGGCUGUGGAAUCACAGUAUUAAAAUGCACAUUGAUACAUUCAUUGCAUAAAGCGUGUACUGCUCUAUAUAUAGUGGCAUGUGAUCUCCUGUGAUUGGCAUGGUGUAUAUGAGCCUUCACACAGCAUGCUUGGUUUUGUGCUCUAUGCGCCAUCUGUGAAUAGUGUAUGUACUGAAGCAGUAGACUUGUCAAAAUUGCAUGCCUACCUUUCUUGAAAAAAUAGACAUAGGUGAUUUCAUUGCAAACAGUGUGUAGCAGUGACUAUUUCUUUUCCCUCCUUGGCUGCAAUUUAUUCUGUGCCUUGCAGUCUGUAUUUAUGUCUUCGAUGUUGGUAUGCAGCAAUUCAUACUACAAGAAAAAGCGCCUAUAGUUUUUAAUGGUAAAAAUGUUUACAGAAGAAAUUAGGCAGGAAAGAUGCUGGUCCUGUCAGUCUGAUUUCUUCUUUAAAGCUUUUUUUACUGCUGGAAUUUAUAGUAUGUUACUCCAUCAGCCACCUAGCCCACCUUAAAUGAGAUGAGGUCAUACCGUUAUAUUCAGGUACAAGUGUUACUGCAGAUUUACUUUUGGGUAUUUAGUGCACUUAUCAAAUGACAUCAAGCUUUGUGUUUCAUGCUGUGUCUGUCCGAAUUGAUGCUAGGAAUUGGCCUGAAUAAUAAAUUUUGCUUUGCCUAAGGAUCUGGAAGGAGCUAGGGUAUGGCUGAUCCUGAUUAAAAAUUCAUUUUGCUUAGCCUCUGAGGACGCUUUCUUUUGUAUUUCUUGUAUGAUUAGUAAUAUUGUCACAUUGUUUCUAGUUUUAGUUACCUAAUGUCUUGAUCAGUGUUAUGAAUAAAAUAGCAAUUAGGUAAUGUGA